CCUGCCCUCUCAUCCUUUCCUUGGCUUGACAGCUGCUGACUGUGUUGACAGACGCGAUGUUAACGGACGACGAGCGAUCACGUCAGGGCCGUCGCUCGAUUGCCGCCCUUGCAGUGCGCUCCGUGGCUGUGGCCACCUUCAUAACCGUCUCUGCCCUGGUUUCAUCAGCGGGCGCCAACCGCAGCGCAGCGAAGCCGUUCAAGCCCGUCGCGGAGCCGCAUAAUACCCGCCGAGCGCUGUCGCCAUCGUACACGGACUUCUCAGGCACAUGGAAACUUACGUCUACAGAGGGGGAUAUGGACGCUAUGCUCCAGUUCCUCAACGUUGGCGGCGGAGGCUGGCCCGGCUGGUCGCUACGUCAGGCACUGGCGGCGGUCAACUAUGGCGUGGGUCUGGAGCGACGAAUUAUCAAUAUGACACGCGACCACGUCGACACCGAGGUGAUUGUGGGCGGAAUUCUGCACGAGGCCGUCUCGAACGACAUCGACGGCAAGCUUCACACUAUCUCUGCUGCUGGCAUGACCGUCACCGCGUGGGCUGAGUGGAUCAAUGGUACCCUUGUCAGCCACCAAGUGGCACCGGUUCAGUUCCUCGCCAGGCAAUUUUUGCUCCCCGAUGGGCGGAUGAGGACCGAGUCGACGAGCAGCAGCUUUGCUGUCGCCGUAGUUUACACGCGCGACGAGUGAUGAGCGGCUGAGCGAACUAGAGACUGAGAGACAGUGAGGGAAGGGUGUAAACUUGAAUGUAAACCGAGUUGCCUGUUCUUGAGGUCUCUCUCUCUCUCUCUCUCUCUCUCUCUCUCUCUCUCUCUCUCUCUCUCUCUCUCUCUCUCUCUCUCUCUCUCUCUCUCUCUCCUGUUCAAUUUUGGAUCUGACCUCAGGCCGAUGUGACCAAGCGCUGGU